AUGGUCAUCACUGGAAGUAAUCCUUCUAUGAUUCAAUCUAUUAUUACUCGACUUUCCAAGGAAUUCUCUAUGAAGGAUUUGGGUGAUAUUCAUUAUUUUCUCGGCGUUGAAGUCCAAGCCAAUGAGAAGGGUUUGUUUCUCGGUCAAACGACGUAUGCUCUUGAUCUUUUGCAAUGCGCUCUCCAAUACUUGACUAUCACUAGGCCUGAUUUGUCCUUCGGUAUAAAUUCCAUUUGCCAGUUCAUGCAUGCCCCCACAGAGGAUCACUUUCGUGCUCUCAAACGUGUUCUACGAUAUGUUAAAGUCUUUUGGUCCUCUAAGAAACAAAGCACUGUCUCUCGCUCAAGUGCUAAAGUCAAGUAUCGCUCCUUAGCUAUUGCCAUGGCUGAUAUUGCCUGGAUUAUUCAACUACUUUGGGACCUUCGUGUUACACCCUUAGCGCCACCUAAAAUUCUUUGA